AUGGCAGCAGCCGGAUUUCGGAGCGUGCCUGCUUUUUCUAUCCCGACCUCGGAUGAAGCUUUUCUCCCCAGAUUCGUUCUUUCUUUCUACAUCGCGCUUCACAAUCAGCCGACGCCUCGUUUCAACAUGAUACAAGCGCGCAGGGCAGCCGCCCUCGCAACAAGGCGAUGCGUCACGCACGUCGGCCGCGCAUCCACACAGCGACCACCUUCAUGGUUAUCGACAUGUCGCUCGUACAGCGUCACUGGCUACAAUGCAAAGCCCAAGGCCUUCCACUCGCAACUUGAGAACACACCCAACGCCGACGACCUCCUCUCGUCCCUUUCCUCCUCCGCGCCGGCGACCAGCACGCCCCAGACCCUCACCGAGAAGAUCGUACAGCGUUACUCUGUUGGCCUCCCCGAGGGGAAGAAAGUCAAAUCCGGCAGCUAUAUUUCCAUAGCGCCGCACCAUUGUAUGUCGCAUGACAAUAGUUGGCCUAUUGCAACAAAAUUCUUGGACAUUGGCGCCACCAAGGUCCACGAUAAUCGCCAGGUCGUUAUGACCCUAGACCACGAUGUCCAAAACAAAUCAGAGUCCAAUCUUAAAAAGUACCGUCAAAUAGAGGAGUUUGCUCGCACGCAUGGUGUCGACUUCUACCCCGCCGGUCGUGGUAUUGGCCACCAGAUUAUGAUCGAGGAGGGCUAUGCUUGGCCAGGAACCGUGACCGUUGCUUCUGACUCUCACUCCAAUUCGUAUGGAGCGGUGGGCUCCCUCGGUUCCCCAAUUGUACGAACUGAUGCUGCGAGCAUUUGGGCCACCGGCCGGACCUGGUGGCAGGUCCCCCCGGUGGCCAAGGUCACUCUGGUGGGAAUCUUGCCCCCGGGCGUCACGGGCAAGGAUGUCAUUAUCGCCCUGUGUGGCCUUUUCAACCAGGACGAUGUGCUCAACCAUAGCAUUGAAUUUGUUGGUUCCGAACAGACGAUGCGCAGCAUCUCUAUCGACGAGCGUAUUACCAUUGCCAACAUGACGACUGAGUGGGGUGCACUCAGUGGACUCUUCCCCAUUGAUUCGGUCCUAAUCAACUGGCUACGGGCCCGAGCCACCACAUCCGCCAUGCUCAACCCAGAACUCGGCGAUAAAAGUCGCUUUACCCACGAGCGAAUCGACGAACUCAUCGAGAACCCGCUCACUGCCGACUCUGGUGCGACCUACGCCAAGUCACUCUACCUCAACCUGUCAACUCUUUCCCCAUUCGUCGCCGGUCCUAACUCGGUCAAGGUCGCCACGCCCCUCCGCGAUCUUGAGGCGAAGAAGAUCCCUGUCAACAAGGCAUACCUGGUAUCCUGCACCAAUUCGCGCGCAUCCGACAUUGCUGCGGCUGCUCGUGUCUUCCGCGAAGCUACCAAGGAUGGCGUCACACCAAAGAUCGCCCCUGGUGUCAACUUGUACAUUGCCGCUGCCUCUAUACCUGAACAAAGGAUCGCAGAAGCGGCUGGUGACUGGCAAGUUCUCCUGGAUGCGGGUGCAAAGCCCCUACCCUCCGGCUGCGGCCCCUGCAUCGGCCUAGGAACCGGUCUCCUUGAGCCCGGCGAGGUGGGUAUCAGCGCUUCGAACAGAAACUUUUCGGGAAGAAUGGGCGCAAGAGACGCAAUGGCGUAUCUCGCUAGCCCCGAAGUCGUCGCCGCCAGCGCCCUGGAUGGCCAUAUCGCCGGCCCUGGGUGGUAUCAGAAGCCCGAAGGCGUGGAGAAGGUCAUCAUCGGUGAAGGCAGUGGUGACCACCAGGCCGACGUGGCUUUGAGCGUUGAGGACGCCUUGGACAAGAUUAUCGCCCAGGCCGAGAGCAUGAUUGUCGACGCCGAGAAGGACUCGACCGAUUCGACUGAUUCGGCUGCGGCAGCGGUCGACGACGCCGAGGAGACCCUGACUGACAUCCUACCCGGUUUCCCCGAGAAAGUCGAGGGCGAGAUUGUCUUCUGCGAUGCCGAUAAUAUAAACACAGAUGGAAUUUACCCUGGCCGCUACACGUAUCAAGACAACCUUCCAGCCCAGAAGAUGGCUGAGGUGUGCAUGGAGAACUACGACGCAGCCUUCAAAGAGAUUGCUCGUGAGGGAGAUGUGCUCGUCAGCGGCUACAAUUUUGGAUGUGGUUCUUCGCGCGAGCAGGCUGCCACCGCUAUUCUCGCCAAGAAGAUCCCUCUUGUCGUUGCCGGCUCAUUUAGCAACAUCUUCGGUCGCAACAGCAUCAACAACGCACUCAUGAGUGUCGAGGUACCGCGCCUUGUGCAGCGUCUGCGCGAGCGCUUCGCCAAGGGCAAGGAUGGUGCCGACACCCAGCUCACGCGCCGCACGGGAUGGAAGUUCCUGUGGGACGUGCGUAGGAGCAAGGUUGUUGUCACCGAGGACAAUGGAGAGACAUGGAGUCAGAAGGUUGGCGAACUGCCGCCCAACGUACAGGAGAUUAUUGCCAGAGGUGGUCUAGAGAAGUGGGUGAAGGCUGAGAUUCAGAAGUGA